AGACUUAAACGAGGACCGGACUGGCAUUGGUCAGAUCAGGACAGUCAUGGUCCCGGUACAGUCAUUGGACAUUCAAAGAAUGCUGGAUGGUUAAAAGUUGAAUGGGACUCUGGAGGUAGAAAUGAAUACAGAUAUGGUGCAGCCUUGAUGGACAGGGUUAAAUUUGAGGUCACUACUUGUUGUGAACCAAGAAUUCUUCAUAACACAAUAAUAGCAGUCGGGUGUAUAGUCACAAGAGGUCCUGAUUGGGAACUUGGAGAUCAAGAUGGUGGAGAGGGAAGUCUUGGUUCUGUGUAUAGGAUCAAGCGGAAUGGGAUAGUUUUUGUAAGGUGGUCAAACGGGUGCUUAAUAAAUCAUAGAUAUGGUUUCGACGGAAAAUUUGACAUCUUUAUAUGGUAA